AUCAGAUUCAACAAGGAAAACCCAGAGAGAGGGAGAGAGAGAUAGAGAGACAAGAUGUCAGUGCUUAUAGUGACGAGUUUGGGAGAUAUAGUUGUGGAUUUGUACACUGACAGGUGCCCUCUUACUGCUAAGAAUUUCCUCAAGCUCUGCAAGAUAAAGUAUUACAAUGGGUGUCUCUUUCACACUGUCCAGAAGGACUUUACCGCACAGACUGGUGACCCAACUGGAACGGGUUCUGGUGGCGAUUCAAUAUACAAGUUUUUGUAUGGUGAUCAGGCUCGCUUUUUCGGUGAUGAGAUUCAUCUCGAUUUAAAGCAUGCUAAAACAGGCACAAUUGCCAUGGCUAGUGCUGGAGAGAAUCUGAAUGCAUCUCAGUUCUAUCUUACAUUGCGUGAUGAUCUAGACUAUCUUGAUGGGAAGCAUACAGUUUUUGGGGAGAUAGCAGAGGGGUUGGAGACAUUGACAAGGAUCAAUGAGGCUUAUGUGGAUGGGAGCAACAGACCCUAUAAAAAUAUUAGAAUUAAGCAUACCUACAUAUUGGAUGAUCCUUUUGAUGAUCCUCCACAACUAUCUGAGUUAAUUCCUGGAGCUUCCCCAGAAGGAAAACCAAAGGAUGAGGUUGAUGAUAAUGUGCGUCUUGAAGACGACUGGGUGCCUAUGGAUGAACAAUUGGCUCCUGGAGAGCUUGAGGAGCGUCUUCGUGCCAAAGAUGCGCAUUCCAGUGCAGUUGUACUUGAGACUAUAGGGGAUAUUCCUGAUGUUGAGAUAAAGCCGCCAGACAAUGUGCUUUUUGUUUGUAAGCUGAAUCCAGUCACAGAAGAUGAGGACUUGUUCACAAUUUUCUCACGCUUUGGAACUGUGCAAGCGGCUGAUAUAAUACGUGAUUAUAAGACUGGAGACAGUUUAUGCUAUGCGUUCAUAGAGUUUGAAACAAAGGAGGCAUGUGAGCAAGCUUAUUUCAAGAUGGAUAAUGCUUUGAUUGAUGACCGAAGAAUUCAUGUUGAUUUUAGUCAGAGCGUUGCAAGGUUGUGGUCCCAAUACAGGCGCAAAGAAGCUGGCAAAGGGAAAGGUUGCUUCAAAUGUGGUUCACUUGAUCACAUUGCCAAGGAGUGCACUGGUGAUUCUGCCAAUAAACAGCAACCUAAUAAGUACAUAUUAAAGAAUGAUAACGCACAGCGUGGUGGAGGCAACAACUCUAGUUACAAGAUGGUGUUUGAUGGAGACACUCCAGAAAGUCCAAGACAAAGAAAAAAACAUCAAGGCAGUGAUCCAAAAGACCAAGCUAAGAACCAAAAGAAUAGGCAGAGUUCUGAGGACCAAAGACGAAAUCAAGAAAAUAAGCACUCUAGUGAUAGGGACCGGCACAGUGUCAGAGGUAGAGGAUACAAAGAGGAAUCAAGUCGAGACAGUAGAUCAAGUCGAUAUGGUGGAAGAAGUCAUCGGGAGUAUCAUGAAGGGGGAAGGGAAACUGAAAAAUCGGUGAGACAAAGAGACACAGAUGAUAAAGUGGACCAACGGGGGAGUGGCAAGAGAUUUACAGAUGAUGACACCUAUCCAGAGAGAAGACGUGGUGGAGAUUACAGGAAGAGGAGUGCAGAUAGUGAUGGAGAGAAUCACAAGGAGAGACGAAGAGACAGAGAUGAUGAUGAAUUCUACAAAAAGAGACGUGGGGAGCGUGAUAGGAAGAAAUCUGUUGAUGUAGACAGACGAGACAAGAGAGAUGAGCCAAUUCAUAAGAAGAGUAGCGCGGGGAAGAAAGAUAGAGAACAUAGGUGAAAGACGCGAAAUUCUCUUGAAGGAGAUGAAGAGUGUGAUUGUAUAAUUUUGACCCCAGAACUUUUACCAGAAUUUUGUUUUCUGUGACUUGCUCUCUGUAAUGAAUUGAAUCAAUAUUGUAUCGAUGUCCAUUUUGACUGGUGACCCCAGAGGAUGAAAUAAUAAAACCGAUUUACAA